AUGCCGGUGAAGAGCAAAGGUCCACGAGCUCUUCUCGUGGCGCUCGAGCCGGACUCGGGAGCUUUUCCGCUGCUCAUGACCAUGCCUUAUGAGUGCGAGAAGAAGAACUCCGAAGUGAAAACGUUGGUUUUUUUUUCACUUUUUUAUUAUCUUCUCAAGAAAUCAUUUAUGAGUUAGGUAUUCUGGCGUUAGUUUGAAAAAAGCUACGUUUUGCUCGUCUAGAGCUUAAUUCCGAAAACCUGAAUUUGAGUCAUUAAUGGGUCAGUUUUUUAUGCCGUCAAACUCUUCUCCCGAAUCUUCCAAAAUUGAAAUCAGUACUGCCUACUGAGGCCUAAAAUAUUUGUUUUUAAAGUUGUCAGUGUCCCCUGCGUGUGGUUAAAGCUCAUUUUUCUUGUUCUAUUUCUUAAUUUUCGGGACGGUAAUCCCUACUGGGCUGAUUGCGUUCUGUACUUGACCGAAUGAGGUUUGAGCCGAACUGAUUUUUUUUCAAAUAACUUUGAACUUGCUUCUUUUCAAAUUGUUCUCUACCUUUCAACUUUGCACAAUGCCCAACGACCCUUGUCGAAUCACCUCCAGAGAAUGGUUUCCAAUUGAAGAAAAUAGUAUUGGGCAAGAAGAAACAUGCAAAUUGUGGAAGGGUGAGAAAGCAGUGAAAAGUUUGGCCUCAGGCCGUUUGUGUUACACCGCGCGUCUCGUCGCCGUCUGCCACUUUUGGAAUACUCGGUCUCCGCAUAGGUGGCUCCACCCCUCCUUCCUCUCUGUCUAUCGACUAUCAGGCCUCAAAUCACCAUCGACGUCUUCUGAUUUUUUUUUUCGGCCAUUUCUUCCAGCAUUUCUAA